UUAAAUAUGUAAAAUAUAUAAUUAAUGUAACUGAUCCGAGGCUUCAGCUGAGACGACGUCCGGGAGUUGGACACCGACGUCAGUCACCGCCCGAGGAGUUGACGUUACAGAGUGAAGGAUGUCAUCCUUUCCCUCAGCUUUUAAAUCCAUCCAUUCACCUUCAUUCAGAGAGCACACCUGUGACUCUGUCGGGGUGAUUUUGAGCCAAGGUGGAUGUCUGACACAGGACCACGGGCAGAUGUUGGGAGCUGAACUCGGUCUGGAGAUGUCAGAGGUUGAAUACACACACCUUCAUCACCUCAUCCAGGCACAUAUGGAGGCACAAGCUGCUGCUGCUGCUCCUCCAGAUGGGCCUGAUGCCAGAUCUUACCCUGCCACAGUGACGUUUAAAGGCGCCACUGGAUCCAUGGCGAUGUCUCCCUUCACAACCACUCAAGCUAUUGAUCUGUCAACCUCAACGGAUGAACAUUGUGUGGGAACGUCCGGAGAAAAGACGCCGGCGUCUUAUGGAGAGGUGCCAGGGUUUGUGCUGGCCAGAGUAAGAGGUGAAGACAGUCCGACUGACCCACGUGCAAACAGCAGCACAUCUUCACAGAAGCGAUGCAGAUCAGCUGCUAGAGUUUGCUUGGAGAAAAGGUUUAGCAUGCUGUCUGCUGACACCCCGAGACAGCAAGAUAUUCAGUCUGCAGUUCUUAGCAAUUUUUUGACAAUGCUCCAGCAGUCUGCAGAGGCUCAGGAGGCGGUCAUACAUCCACAGAUGCAGAAAUGGAUGAAAACCGACAGAGCAAAUCCUUUUGAGGUGUCCAACCCAUUUGUAGGGGGUAUAUUUAACCCAGUCACCAACAAGUGUGAGCAGGUGAUUGGCCAUAUUCCUCACAUGGCUGACCUGAAGCAUCAGGCUUUAAUCAUCCCCAAGAGUUUUUCAUUGAAUUUUUGCCCAGAAAGGCUUGUUACAAAAGCUCACAAUACAAGUGGCAGCAGCUCAGCAGAGGAGCAGCAGCAGUUAGUGAAUAUAGAAAAUGCUGUGUUGACAUCUGCCUCCAGCAACCAUGGUAGGACUGACAGCUCACAAUUUAUCAAGAGUGGCCCGGACUCUGCCCGAGGAUCAUUGAGCAGCACCAGGAAAAGAGCUCGAUCUCAAAUGUCACUCAGCCAACGCAGGGAGAAGCACAACAUUAAGGAGAGGGAACGCAGGAAGAGGAUUCGAUCGUGCUGUGAUGAACUGAACAUGUUGGUGCCAUUCUGUGACUCAGAGUCAGACAAAGUCACCACCCUGCAGUGGACCACUGCCUUCCUCAGAUACAUCAAUAAAACAUAUGGAGACACCUUCAAAGAGGAGUUUCAGAAGGCAAUCACUGACGAGAAAGGAAUCCUUAAAUCCAGCCUUUCUUCAGGAGGGGACCUGAUCCACCAGGACAUGGACGAGACACUGAGCAUUCCUCUUGCGGUGGAGCAGUGACUCACCCAGAGAUCAGAAUUAGCCAGAUGUCGAGUAUGUUUUAAUUUGACCGUUUAAAGUAGCUUCGAUUGGAUGUGCUGUAACACUUUAAAUGACAAAAAGUGUCCUUUUAAAGAGGUGCUAUGCUCUCCCUCUGACUGCAUUACAAUGAUUUAGAAAAUGGAAGUUUUCCAGUCUCAACAUGGUUGAUUCUCUCCAGCUGCAUUAAGACCACACUGUCAUCAAGCUAGUGUCUGAAUUGCAAUGUCAUUUCUAUAUUUAUAUUUCCUCCCCCUUGAGAGACAUUUGUAGAAAAGAAAGUGCUUUUCAUGGAAUCAUACACAGGUGGCACUGUUUCUCUUUAAAAAAACAGCCGACACAGACCUCUUAUGAUUAGAUUUCAGCUCUUCGGCCAUCAAACAUUUAAUUAUAUGUGCAGCUUUUAUAUGUUUAAUCCAGAUUUUGUUCACUUGUUUUAUAAAUUGUUUAUUUUUGUUAAACUUUGCUCAUACAGUACGUUGUUCAGUUUCCUCAUCCACAUUAAUUUAUUCUUUGAUCACAUAUUUAACUGUUUGUAUUAAUGGGAUUGCUUGACUUUCAUGGUGUUUCUCCGAGGUACAGAUUGUUCACUUGAUAUGUAGAGAAGAGUAAUGUUUUUACUGAAAAGUGGCUUUAUUUGUUCUUUCUUACAACAUGUCGCUGUAGCAUCUUACUGUACAUACAACAGUCACCCACAAAUAAUAAAUAGUAUUUAAGGUCAUGUAUAUUUAAUAGUUACAGCACCGGUAGUACAAAGUGGAUGUGGUCAUUGCAGAUUUUUAAAAAAGAAAAAAAAAAAGAACAAAAAUUACUUUAAGAUCCUUAGAUUGAUUUUUACAAUGACUGAUGUAUGCAUCCACACGUUUUAUUUUGUUUUUGAUUCUCAAAUCUGGAGAAUCAACUUCACAUGUAAUAAAAAAAAACAGAAAACAAGCUGUAAAAAAAGAGACUCUCAAAAAGUAUUUUUUUUUUUUUUUGCAUUAAUCUACACAAUUUCUGGGCACCUGGGUGUUUGUGUUUUUUAUUCCUUUUACAAUACAUACACAGCUCCUUGACUUGACGGAGGCUUUUUAGGAGCCUCUGACGUCUAUUUCCAUAUUUUACACUGUAAGCUUGUAUGUUGAGGUAACACCUGUGAUUUACAUUAAAUGGGCUGUGAUACAUGCACAUUCACUUCAGAGACAGUCACUGUUGUUUUUAGAGUCAUCUGCCAGAAGGAUGUUAAAGGUAAUGGGGGUGGGGGGUCAUUGUAACAACAUGUACAAAGUUUUUAUACACAAAGGACUCAUCAUUCAUUUUCCAGUUGUUUGUAAGUCAAGUCUUGUUAUGUGAUACUGUAGAAUUUGGAGCAAUGCAGUUGUUCUCUUGGACUCUUCCGUGCCUCUGUCCACUUUAUUUCUGGAUGUCAUCUUGAUGUUUUUGUCUCUCAGUUGCUCUGGUAUUCAUGUGAAUCCUUGGAUGUUCCUCUAUUCCUCUCAAAAUAUCACACCUGUUGAUGUUACUCUUCCCAUCUUGUGAUACAUGUAUUUAAAUAAAGAGGACAUUUAUUGUGA